AUGUUGAAAACGAGUAUAUCGAUAUUGUCUAUAAGCAUUCUUGUUUAUCUGUUUAUUGAAAACAUAAAUCGUCGAACUUAUGAAUUCUUGGACGAAAUAGAACAACGUGGAAAUACUUUUCUUGAUACAACUGAAAAACGACUUCGACAGUUGAUCAACGACACCAUAUAUAAUUUAAACAAUCAAACAACGGAACAAAUCAAUUCCAUAAUCCAUGCAAACAAAAAAUAUAUUCCUUUACAAAAUCCUUAUGGUGCCACUACUUGCACUGAAUGGUUCGGUUGUCAUAAAGGUUACUGUUGGGCAGGUUGUGCAGGAGCACUUCCUUCUCUGACCGGUCCUGAAUGGUGCUAUACUAAAACAUCUGUCGGCAAAAUGACGUGUCAAAUGGACGACGAUUGUGACGGCUGUUGGCGAUGUUCCAGUCCAUGUAGUAUUUAG